UUGUUGGCCAUUAGCCAAUCUGUGGUUGACUCAGCUUGUUGGCCAUUAGCCAAUCUGUGGUUGACUCAGCUUGUUGGCCAUUAGCCAAUCUGUGGUUGACUCAGCUUGUUGGCCAUUAGCCAAUCUGUGGUUGACUCAGUUUGUUGGCCAUUAGCCAAUCUGUGGUUGACUCAGCUUGUUAGCCAUUAGCCAAUCUGUGGUUGACUCAGCUUGUUGGCCAUUAGCCAAUCUGUGGUUGACAACGAGUUCAAUGCAGGUGAACACAUCCAACUGGUAUUUACGACUUCACAACUGGUUAUUAUUGCAGCUUGACAAAAUCAUCUCCAUUAAAAAUGGAUUGAGAUGUAAACAUUGACAUUUAAAUGAGCCAUGGUUCUUUUAGUUGGUUUACUUAAAUGGGUUUUGUAGCCUGUAUGUUUCCAGUUUCCACUGUCACUUCACACUGUUCACUCUGACACAUUAAAACUGAAAUAGAAUUACAUUUGGACAUGUAGUAGAUUUGUCUACUCUUAACAUUUAAAUGUGUGGUUGCAGCACAUUAUGUUAAUUGAUCCACCAUGAUUUAGUGAAAUAAUGCACAUUAACUUAAUGUUGUUUAAAUACUCCACAAUUACUAGAUAAGCUGAGUUUCUACAACUCUGAUUUAUUGUGAAGUUUGACUUAAUUGUUUUCUUCAGUUUUUGUGUUUCCUUUUUGCAUUUAUUGUUCAUCUUUGUUUAUAUAGCAUUUUUAAGGGCUUUUUUCGCAUCAGUUAUUUUGUUUGUAACUAACUACUGAGUGUGCCUUAACAAGUUUAAUUUAUUCUGAUUACACCUAGAAUUUCGUUGGAUUUUAUUUGAAUAUUGUAUGAUAAUGUGAUUUGGGGGAAAAUAUGUUGUAAGUUGAUUUCAAUUUGGAUAAAGAAUAAAUGUAUACAAAGAAUUUGAAUUAAGAUGUAAAUAUGUUAAACAAUUUCUGACAGUAUACAUUAACUUGUUUGUGAAUUGAAAGUGAAAUCUGUAUUUCUAAUCAAAGUUAUUAGGCUCUAUGCACGUGUGAAGGGGUUUUAAUUAAAUUGAUUUCAUUACCAAAGGAUGGUAAAUAGCUCUUAAACUACAUGUUGUUUUCCACAGAAUUGAAUGUCCUUUGCGUUCUCUCACCCCACCAAAAAUAAAAUGAUAUCAAAGAUGGUCAAAACCCACAAGGCUUAAUUAGUAAUGCAACAUGGGGUUUAAAUGCAUGACAAUACGUAUUUCUCUGAUUUUCCUUUUAUGGAGCCGACGCUGAAUUAGGCAAAUCAAUAACUGCAUUCUAGUUAUAAUUUCCCUUGGUCCCAUUAUUCGGCAUACUGUAAUUUCCCCUUAUUUCCCUUUUUAAGUAUUCAAGAAUAGAUAAGCAAAUAUUCAAGGGUGGAUGCAGCUGUCAUUGAGACCCAUAUACAGCAAAAGCAAUUACACACUUCAUUGAAGAUGCAAUAUGCAGAAAUCGCUUCUCCAUUUCCUGGUUGCUGAAAUUCUACUGGUUUUCCUCAUUUCAGUUUGUGUGACAAAACAAUCAAGUAUAGUGUAGAGAAUCAUUGUACCAUUUACACCGCUAUUUUCCAUAACCCAAAAAGUUUUUUGAGAUGUUUGAAGCUGGAGUACAAAACCGAAAGUAGAAGAUGCAAAAACUAAACUUACGCACAUGAAGGAUAGAAAUAUUGCACAUAGAACAUGUCUACUUCUUACAGUUGCUUUCAUUGCGAAUGACAGGUGUAUAACUCACAUUUCUAUGUAAAUUUGGUUGGGUUUCCCAAAAAGUUACAUAUUGCAGAUUUACUUCCCCACUUCAUGGAAACACAAAUGUUCAACUAAUUUCGGAGAUUUUCCGAUAAAGGAAAACACAAAUCAUUAAAUAAGCAAGAAACUCAAUAGGAGUCCAUAGAUUUGCGUGCAGGUAAGAUUAUGCCCAGCAGUAGCCAACUUGUUACCUCAAAAUGUAUGUUGGAACGAAAUAUAUUGAGUGUAAUAACACAGGAUAUUUUAACUCUUAAUUUGAUGGGAAAUUGUUGAUUAGCCCGUUUUGUAGAAUGUCGUCAAAAAUGUCGAUAUGAACAUGUAUUUCAAAGAGAAGCAAGAUAAAUUGAGUUAGAAUUUAAUGUAUUACUUUUUUCUGUUGAAAAGCCUUGGGUGAAAUGAGGUGAGAGACUUUAUUGGCAUGUAUUCCUCCCUUUGCAGAAAUUAAACCACACAAUUAUCCAACACACGUCACUAGUUGCAUCCUAUUUAUAAGCCUUUGAUAUCAGGAACAAGCAAUAUUGCGGGGCCAAAUGAGACAUGUUUGUAAUAAUUAACAAUGUCUACCUUCUAUUCUCUUUAAAUUGCAUCAUAAAAAUAUAGGACUGCAUCAUUUUUGGAGUAACGUUACAUGAAAAAGGAAUGCAUCGCAUCCCUGAGUCUGUCCUCGGCUUAUCUGAAAAUAAUAUUUACCAAAAUUCAGAACAGCAGACAUAAAAGGAGAGUCGCACCAACGACGCAAGAGGAAGCCGACAGCGAAUGCAGGCAAUUGUGCUCCCUCUCCGUGUCUUGGCAGUAACUGCACUGUUCUGUCGCAUAUUAACUGCCUGUCUGCUCUAGUUUCUGGCUCUGCUUGGCUCAGUCUCCGUUGACCUCAGCUCUAACUUGGACCUGCUGCCGCCACAAGGGCGGCUUUCGACGAGCUGACUUCACGUAGGACCACGGCUAUUCUCCAACUUAUAGGAGAACUCCAAAACACAAGAAGUCGAUGCACAUGGUACAGGAGUAAGGAGACAAGUCAAGACCACUGACCGACAUUUUACCUGUGAUUAUGAGUUAAGCCUGUGGUCUCCUUGACGAUUGUCAGACUCCAGGACAUUAGUCUGGUCAAGAAGUUUUCAGACUGGAAAGAUGUCCUCUCACUGAGACUGAUGGUCACAUUCCUGGAACUCAAUCACCAGUUCAGUGAACUCUCUUCCAUUGGAACCCAAGCUGACUUUCACAAGAAGUGGAUCCACUCACUGAGCCGCUUAGCCUUUGCCCAGCUCUCGUCAGAAACACUGCAUGACUGUUGGAUGGAAAACAUUCCCCUAAAGCUCAACCUGACCAACAGGCUCAGUCAACACAUACGUCUUCGUCUCUGCCCCUUGGCAGAUUUCAGCAUCUGACAUGGUGGUCAAAGUGGGCGUCCUCACAGGCUCUCAGACUGGCUUCCAGGCCCUGAGGGACACCCAUGUGGGUCUUCUGGACGGGGCGGUGCCAGCAGAUCACUCUGCCUGCCUGAUCUAACCACUGGUGCUGAUGUCCUUCAAGCAGAUGACAGUGUGGACCCAGAAUUUUGCACGUAGCCUGCAAGAGAGGACCGAGGACCUGAAGCGCCAGAGACAACUGACCGAGGACCUCCUGCACCAGAUGGUGGCCAAGCAGCUGUGGUAGCAGAAGCACAUGGACGCAGAGAGCUACGAGAAGGUUGAGACGAUAGACGAUGCCUACAUGGUGGUAAGGGGCCUGCCUGAGAGGAACGGGGACAAGCACGCUGACGAGAGCCAAAAUGUUGCUGGACUUGGUGCCAGCCGUCAGAUAGGUGGCCAUACCCCACAGCUUCGCGCAGGAAUACACACAGGUCCAUGUGUGGCAGGUAUUGUCAGCUACAAGAUGCCCAGAUACGGCCUGUUUGGAGAUACUGUCAACACACCUCCAGAAUGGAGUCCACCAGCCUGCGUAGGUAUACACACACACAUACAGUACAGUAUGCAGGCACCUGUUCCCAAUGCUGUGUGUGUGUCUGUGUCAGCGUCAGCUCAGAGGAUCCACGCCAGCUCAGCCACCUACCUGGCCCUGAUGAAGGACUGUGUCUACGAGCUCCAUCUGAGAGGAGAGACCGAGGUGAAGGAGGAAAUAACACAUAUUGGCUGAUCGGACACAAGAACUACAGUAUUCAGAAGGACAGCCUGGUGUGUCACUGGAACCCAAAUCUUGCUCGCAAGAAGAAAACACUGGAGGGGAGCGACAUUUCUAUGGUGAAUGUGAUUGCAUUUAUGAAAGAAUACAAUACGAUACAAGUAAAAACUCCCUAGAGUCUAUUGACACACCGGUGCGUCAAUCUAAGUAACAUAAUUUUAAAAAUCCCAAUUAAAAUCCGUCAGUUUAAGCUAGAGAUAUCCGGGCUGCAGCUGUGUUUGUCAGACCAUGAGACACCCCGAAAAUCUCCCUUCUCACUAAAACGUUGUUUUGGCCUACAAACUAAUAAGACCACUCUUUGGAAAGAUGAGACUCUCAUAUGAACAAGAUGAUGGUCUCCGCUUCUUUCGUCUGAAGGUAACCUGUACCGGUUUGAAAAAAUACAUGGAAGUAUGAAGGUAGUUUUGUACCUACUAAAAACAAAAGGGGUUAAAUAUGUGUAAAAAAAAAAACUUCUACUUAUAGGUCAGACACUUCAAAACCUUAUUCCUUAUGCUUUACUUUUUUACUGUCUUUUUUUGUUGCCAUUUGUGUUUCUAUGGGCAAUAGUAGUAUAGGCGAAAUUCAAUAUUUUAUCGUAACAUUUGUUAUAUAUUUUUUGAUACCAAAAGGGGUCCUAAAAUCAAAUAGGGAAAUGAUCCCACCCCCCAACAGCUUAGACUUUUAGGAAUUAAUAUAUUGUAACAACCAGUGCAAUGCUGCUAACUUGCCAACCACUGCUCCAACAGGGUUAACCCUGACCAUCAAAUGAAGAUAAUUGUAGGCUGCUCAAAGUGGAAAAAAGUUCCAGUUGAAGGGUACAUCUCAAUAGUCUGAAUUGGCCUCUUCUCCUUGAUCCACACUGAGGACAACAAAUAUCACUGUCGGCUAAUCCCUCAAAAAGAAUCUUAGUGGGAGUGGCAAAACUUGUCCUAGAUCAGCACUGUUGAAUACAGGCACUGUAGAUGUGAAUAAAAUAAGCAAUAUGGCCAAAAUUCCACCCUUCCCGCAUGGCAAAGCAAAUACUCCAUCUUUAACCUAAGAUCUGUAUCAAGAUCUGUAUUAACCUAAGAUCUGUAUUUACUUUGCCACCAUGGCCUUUUUUGCCUUUACCUCCCUUCUCACCUCAUUUGCUCACAUUGUAUAUAGACUUGUUUAUACUGUAUUAUUGACUGUAUGUUUUUUACUCCAUGUGUAAC